AUGUCGACAGAAGCUGAAGCUAAAGGCAAAAAGCGAACGCAUGAUGACGAUGAUGAAUCCAACGGAGAUGUUGAAACAACAACAACAACUGGUUCGAAAAAAAAGGCAACACCAGUAAAAGCAGCAACAUCAACGACGAGAAAUAAACAAACUCUUAAUGAUGAUGACGAAUCACGCGAAGAAACCAAUGAUGAUGAUUCAAACAGUGUAGAAGCUGGAGCAGCUCCAAGUAACGCUAAAGGAGCUUCAAAACGAAAUGGAAAUGCAACUUCUACUGAUGCUGCCGCUAGCGGGGAUCUAGAUGACAGUGCUGAUUAUGAUGAUGACGACGAAGAAAAUUCCGAUGAUGAUGAUUUUAAAGGGCAAGGCGAUGGUAGCGAUGCUGAAAGUGAUGAAGCUGGUAGCGAUGCAGAGGCAGGUGGAGAUGAUGAUGAAUCAAAAGAUGUUGUUGAUGAUGAUGACGAUGAAGUUGAUGAAGAAUCCAGAGAGUAA